AACUUUCUCCUACAAAGGUCAUGAAUUUCUCUCCCCUGAUCUAAUCCUAUAUAAAAUAUCGUAGCCAAUUGCUUUACAAUCCACGUUUCUCUGCAAACUAAUGAUUUAUUAGUACUCCCUUCAGUUAUUCAAUUUCUGUCUAUCAGCAUAUGGAUAGUAUAUAUACAAGCAAUGAAAUGGGAUCCCCUUCAAAAGAAAAAGAAGCCUAUUCAGCAUUCACACCAAGGAAACUUAUCAAGUUCUCUUUUCAAGAGAAAAAGACGACUCCAUGGGAAGUGAGGUGACCUUCCAAUGCUCGAGAAGUGCCGAUUCCAGGAAAGCUGCGAUUCUUGCCCUCGGCAAGGCAUUUCCGCACCAGCUUGUCAUGCAAGAGUUUCUGGUUGAUGGAUAUUUCAGGGAUACCAACUGUGAUGAUCCUGAACUCAAGCAGAAGCUAGCUCGACUCUGCAAGUCAACCACAGUGAAGACAAGAUACGUGGUGAUGUCUGAAGAAAUCCUAACAAAGUACCCUGAACUAGCUAUUGAAGGGCUCCCCACAGUGAAGCAAAGGCUGGAGAUUUGUAAUUCAGCAGUCACACAAAUGGCCAUUGAAGCCUCAGAAUCUUGCAUCAAGAAAUGGGGCAGGCCAGUUUCAGACAUAACCCACUUGGUCUAUGUCUCCUCAAGUGAAGCUCGGCUUCCUGGUGGCGAUCUUUACCUCGCAAAAGGGCUGGGCCUCCGGCCAGAUACCCGCAGGACCAUGCUAUACUUUUCAGGCUGCUCGGGUGGGGUGGCGGGUCUUCGGGUAGCCAAGGACAUUGCUGAGAACAAUCCAGGCAGUAGAGUUUUGCUUGCAACUUCAGAAACUACUAUUAUUGGGUUCAGGCCGCCUAGCGCUGACAGGCCUUAUGAUUUGGUUGGAGUGGCAUUGUUUGGAGAUGGGGCUGGGGCCAUGAUCAUAGGAUCUAAUCCUGUUGUGAAAACUGAAAGGCCUCUCUUUGAACUGUAUGCCGCCCUACAGCAUUUCUUGCCAGGUACCGAAAAAGUUAUCGACGGGAAACUUACAGAAGAAGGCAUAAGUUUCAAGCUGGAAAGGCAGCUCCCACAGAUAAUUGAAAACAAUAUUCAAGAUUUCUGUGUUCAGUUAAUGGGAUCUGCUGGAUAUUCUGAAAAGGAUUUCAAUAAAUUGUUCUGGGCUGUUCAUCCAGGGGGCCCUGCUAUUCUCAACAGGCUGGAGAAGAAGCUGGAGCUAUUGCCUGAAAAACUGAAUGCAAGUAGAAGGGCACUGACUGAUUAUGGGAAUGCUAGCAGUAAUACAAUUGUGUAUGUGCUGGAGUACAUGCUAGAAGAGGCAAAGAAUGUGAGAAAGGAUGAACAGGGGCAUAACGAGUGGGGAUUGAUACUGGCAUUUGGACCUGGGAUCACAUUUGAAGGGAUUCUUACCAAGAAUCUCACUGUCUGAAGCUUCUAACCUUCCUUCUUAUGGCUAGAUGAAACACUUAACAUGUUAUCUCUAGCAAAUUCAAGUGUUACUUCAUACUGUAUAAUCACUUCUAUCUAUAUCAACCAGGUCUGAAUCAAACUC